GGAAAACUGAAUCAGCGAAAUUGCCUUUGUUGUUAUAUCUUCCUGGUGGAGCUAAUAGAACGUGUUCGUUCUGAGCCACCUAUCUAACGCAUAUUGGAAAAGACACGGGAAGCAAAGUUAUAACAGUAUACAGCAGAGUCAGCAGACCCGUCGGACUGCAGUAGGUUGAGGAACGCUAAGUUAUCAACACUGAGUUCAGUGCCACGCAACCGACCUGACUGCUGAGUUCCACUGAGUUUGGGAUGUCGACGGGAAUAAACACAGAUGUUCCUUAUGAAAAGCUGGCUUCCUUGAAGGCGCUGGAAGAGGAGGAGUCGCAGCAUGGCAGCGCAGGACUGAAGUAUUACUGGUUUGCCCUGCUGGUCUCCAGCCUGCUGCUGGCUACCAUGAUCCUGCAGGCCCUGCUGGCGCCCGUCCCUGCGCACCGCCGUGGCCCAACCUGCUCUGACCCCUGCAGGUUCGCCUUGGUGGAGAGCAUUCCGGAAGGGCUCACUUUCAACUCCAGCACGACCAACCCGUCCAUCUACAACACGUGGCUUGACCUGAUCAGCGAGGCCCAGAGCAGCCUCGACAUCGCCUCUUUCUAUUGGACGCUGACCAACAAAGACACGGGGACCCGUGAGCAAACAGCCGAUCAGGGCGAGCACAUUUUGGCGGAGCUCAGCAGUCUUGCAAAGGAGAGCGGGGUGUCCGUGCGCAUCGCAGUCAGCAUGCCCCAGGAAACACAUCCUCAAGAAGACCUUGUCAUUUUACAGAACGCAGGUGCUGACGUGCGUAAGGUGAACAUGCGAGAGCUGACCUCGGGUGUGCUGCACACUAAGUUCUGGGUGGUGGAUAAGAAGCACGUCUACAUCGGCAGCGCCAACAUGGACUGGCGGUCCCUGACCCAGGUAAAGGAGCUGGGGGCGGUGGUGUACAACUGCAGCUGUUUGGCAGAAGACCUGGGGAAGAUCUUCGAAGCCUACUGGUACCUGGGAGAGCCCGGGAAGGCCAUCCCCUCCCAUUGGCCUGCUAAUUACUCCACCUCUUACAAUAAGGACACACCCAUGGCACUGUCACUCAACGGAACCCUGUCGAGCACCUACCUAUCGAGCGCUCCCCCAGCCUUGUGUGCUGACGGCAGGACCCAGGACCUGAGCGCCAUCCUCAGCGUCAUCGAGGACGCCCAUCAUUUCGUCUACAUCGCCGUCAUGAACUACCUGCCCACCAUGGAGUUCUCUCACCCCAAAAGGUACUGGUCGGACAUCGACACGCAGCUGCGCCGCGUGGCCUAUGAGCGGCGUGUGCGAGUGCGGCUGCUCGUCAGCUGCUGGGGCAGCACCCAGCCGGCCAUGUUCCCCUUCCUGCGCUCCCUGGCCUCCGUCAGAGACCCCAAGAGCAAGCUGGACAUCCAGGUGAAACUGUUCGUUGUCCCGGCCAACCCACGUCAGAAAGAGAUCCCCUACGCCAGGGUCAACCAUAACAAGUACAUGGUCACAGACAAGGUUGCUUACAUAGGAACCUCAAACUGGUCUGGUGACUACUUUUUGCACACGGCCGGGUCGGCACUGGUGGUGAACCAGACCGCGGCCCAGACGACGGAGUCCACGGUCCAGGAGCAGCUCCAAGCCGUGUUCGAGAGGGACUGGAACUCCUCCUACAGCACCCCAAUCAACCAGCAUACGGACCUCCAUACCCGCUGUUAAGACUGGCCCCUGCUCCACACCGCAGUUCCACCCCAGUGCCAGCAGGGGGAGACAUGGUUCUGUUUUAGUUCCCGAGGCAAGCUGAUGGACUUCCUCUCCCGUGUCUGACUUUGACGAUACCCCAAACAAACGCCUGGUGCACACUGGUUAAGCCAAUCCAUGAAGUGGGCUUUCGUUCCAUCAAGAAGGCGCACAAUGAUUUUUAAAAGGGUUAAGCUGUACCUGUAUAUGAAGUGAUAUGGAUGUACUUCUAAGUAGACAGGCACUCCCGACUGGAUGCUUGCAUAGCUUGUUUGUAGGUAUCGAGCGCACACAAAAUAUUUCCAUAGUUGUUUUGCAGACUUCAACAUAGCAGUGAGCUGCAGUGGAAUCGAACAGAGAGCAAGAGGAUCAGAUUGUCAAACGGUAAAAGAGAAACAGAAAAUGCCUUGGUCUGGCGGGUAAACUCUUUCAUUCCCACUAGGCUGAAAUUACUUGAACAAGUUUUUCAACAGCUGAAAACAUACAAGUCAUAUUAACACAACUGAUUCUUACAAAAAUGUAAUAUGUUUGAUUUGUUCAAAUGGAUUUGUUCACAGCCAUGAACCUCACAAUUUGCCCACCCCCACCACCUUAAUAUGCCAGCAGAAAGCCUGUAGUUUCAGGCUCACACUGAGCUCUUUGAGGGAGGAAAAUGCAACUACGAAGAAAAGUCCCCUGUAAAACAUUUCGCUUUUAUUUCAAUAUUUCUUUUAUUGCAAAGAAGCACACAUCCUAGGUCAUGGUAUGAUCUAUGAAAUGAUUCAAUAGUUAUGCUGCAUUUAGGAGCUGUUUUUCUUUUAUAGAUCCAUGGUAGGAUGUCAUGAGCUAUAAGACAGAAAUAUGUUUUUGAGGGGGAUCUGGAAAAGAUAAUAAAACGCAAUAUAACCUUUCCAUGUUAAGAGCAAGCGCAUAACGGUACUAUGAUGGACAAAGUCUGCACUGAGUCAGUCAUUCAAGCCUAAACACAGUAUCCCACAAUGUAGCACAAUUACACUUUGCUAAGUAAGGGAUUUAAAGUGAUGUUUCCUCAUCCAAAUUGAACAAUGAAGGGUCGUUUUUAUUUCUGACUGACCCUGGAACAAUGGAAAAGUCACCACUCUGUCAAGCGCAGCUGAUAACUUCCUCUGUAUGGAGUAGUUAAGGAGGAAGUGUGGAGUAGCUAAGGAGGAAGGGUGGAGUAGUUAAGGAGGAAGGGUGGAGUAGUUAUGGAGGAAGGGUGGAAUAGUUAUGGAGGAAGGGUGGAAUAGUUAAGGAGGAAGUAUGGUGUAGUUAAGGAGGAAGGGUGGAGUAGUUAAGGAGGAAGUAUGGUGUAGUUAAGGAGGAAGGGUGGUGUAGUUAAGGAGGAAGGGUGGAGUAGUGACUAAUAAGUUAAAACAUGCUAAUGAAGCCCGCCCCAAAUGGCCAAUAAGAUCCAGCGUACUGUGAGAGAGUUCUGGUGGCGGGGUGAUUAAACAAAAUCAAUUAAGCCCUUUUCACAGGUGGAGGCUGUGUGUAUAUAUCAUCAAUGUAGUCCAUGACUACAUUUUUUUGGUUCUUUUGUAGACCUGUGUUCUAGGAAAUCAAUCUUGUUUUGAAAAUUCUGAAUCUCAGGGAGAAAUAUAGCCUAACUUUUUUUCCUUCAAGGCAUAACUAUUUAAUGUAACUUAAGAAAAAAAAUCUGGUUGUGGCUGUGUUUUCCUUGUAAGGAGGACAAUCGCUUUUAACUGAAUAUGUGGUUUUAUUGGAUUUGUUACAAUUUUGCUAGUGUUUUAGGUUUCUUUCUUACUAUGAUGCUCUAAGGUAGUUGCUUUGAAUGAAACUCAGAAUGAUUUCAUAGAUCCAGGAAGUGGUAAAGUUUGGAUAGAAACCGAAACAUUUAUGAACCAAGUUAAAAAAUGAUGAACCAAGUCACCAAAUUAUGUAGGCCUACCUCUGUACAUGAGGUGUUUUUGUACAGUGCGGAUUGCUUGAAAGCGAAGUGGAAUGAUUGACAAUAAUCUGAAGGGGCAACCCUCAGAAAAGAUACAUAAUUGCAGGUUAAAUAAAAGGCACUUUAAUAUUA